AUGUCCAAAAGAAAGCGAGGUGACGAUGUCGAGGAUGACGACGCGACCGCGACCGCGGCCGCCAACUUUCGCCAGCAAAGGAGAAUCAUGGCGGCCUUCUCAGAAAGCACGAAGCACCUCAGCAGAGCGUUCAAGCUGGCUAAGGGAUUGGAACAGCAAAAGAUGGGCCGAAGGUUGAAAGCUGCCGCCACGAAGAAGGAUCAAAAAGACAUGGACAGGAUCAACGCAGAGAAAGGAGCUGUAAAGGCUCUUGAAAACACUGUCUGCGCUCAGCACUACCUGGCGAAAUCUCUUUUGAAAAUCAAAGCUAUUGCAACCAACCCAGACUUGCCUGCGGAGCUCAGCAAACCUGUCGCGUUUCCACAUGAUGCGGCUUCUUUGAACGUCAAUGGCAGGCUUUGCAAGUCGAAGCCUGUGCAGGAGGCUUUUCCAGCUGCGGUUGCGGCUGUCAAGAGGGAGUUUGGGAUUCGCGAUGAUUCAGAUGGGCCGGCGAAGAAGAGGAGGAUAAGAGCGAAGGACUAUGAUGCUGCGAGGGCAAAGAGUGAGGAGAGUGAGGAGACGAAUGGUGUGGUUAAGGCGCCCAAGAAGGCCAAGCGUGCAGAACCAGACGACUCGGACGCUUUGAGUCAGGCGGACCUUGGCGACAGCGAUGAAGAAUCAGGGGACGCAUUCGAGCAGUAUCGAAGUCGACUGGCAUCGUCCGAUGACGAGGAGGAUGGCGACGGGGAGGACGUGGAAGUUUCAGAUAUUGAAGAUCUCGAACGCCAGUCGGAGCAAGAAGGCCUCUCGCGAAAGCUCAAAUCCUCGAAGACACCACGGUACGACCCUGCGGCAGAUCUGUCGCUGUCCGACGAAGAAUCAGAAGACGAGUCAAUAGACGAACGGGCGCCAAAGAAAGGUGCCAUUGCGAAGUCGAAUAAGUCAUCAUUCAUUCCGUCCUUGACUAUGGGUGGCUAUAUUUCUGGCAGUGGCUCUGAUCUGGACGAUGAGGUCGAUGUCGCGCCCAAGAAGAAUAGACGAGGUCAACGUGCGCGACAGAAGAUCUGGGAGCAAAAGUACAAGUCAAAAGCAAACCACCUCAAAAACCAGGAGAAAAGUGCAGGCUGGGAUCCAAAACGAGGCGCUGUCGGAGGUGCGCAGCGCCAGCCACGCUUCGCAAACGGGGCAAACAGUAUGCCUCUGGAGAACAAGCGACGGAAUGUCGGCGCGAGUGAUGCGAAGAAGCCGCCCCGUAAGGACGAUAGUGGACCUCUGCAUCCCAGCUGGGAGGCAGCGAAACGGGCAAAGGAGAAGAGGGAUGCUCCUGUGCCGUUUCAAGGCAAGAAGAUCAGUUUCGAUUAA